GCUUCUUCUACGUCAAGAACCAUCCUAUACCUCAAGAGGCUGUCGAUGGUAUAUUCGAUCUUGUAAGUUUGUUGUAUGCAUAGUGUCCUGCAUUCCACGUCGUCAGUGACAUACCAUAAUUCUCUAAGGCUACCAAUGAGCUUUGGUCUUCGUGAUGGAACUGUCUGGCGUGCUAGCCGUGCCUUGGUAGUAGGAGCGAAUGCUGGAAAGUAGUAUCAAGGUUGCGGCGUCAUUGUUUCCACAAGGCUAUGAGCACAUAUGAAGCCCACAGUCGUCGAGGAUGAUUGACCUCUUAUUGGGCUUUCCGUGAUCCAAGCCUUGUCAUCUUCACUUUACCUCCAUCUUGCUAACUUAGUCCAGGAGGGGCAAUUCUUUGCACAACCACUCUCAACCAAGCUUCAGGCACCAUAUAUACCUGCCAAAAAUGCCGGCUUCAAACCCGCCAGCUCCAAUGGCGCCAACGGCGUCUUCAAGGACCCCCGGGAAGCAUUCAGUAUCAACAAGUGGCCAACCCCAACCCACGCCUCGUCCGCCGCACUCUCACCCAUUCUCGAUGAAGCUCGCCCCCAGAUCCAGUCAUUUCAAAAGCGGGUGCAAGGAUUCACCAAUCGCCUCCUCGAGAUGAUCGCACUCGCUCUCGACCUGCCCUUGAACCAAUUUACAUCUCAGCACGACCCUCUUGUCGAGAACUUUGACAAUUUCGAACUGAUGCACUACCCGCCUAUCACGCCCUCGUCCGAGGACACCACGAAAUUUCGCAUCUCUCCACAUACCGAUUGGGGCACCUUAACUCUGCUCUUCCAACAGUCGAUAGGCGGCCUACAGGUCCGGCCCCCACACUAUACGUCGCCGGAGCUCGACCUGGACGAUGAGAUAUGGACGUCCGCGCCCGUCUUCAAUGACAUGGUCUUGGUCAACAUUGGAGAUAUGCUUGAAUUCUGGACCGCGGGCGCGCUGAAGUCCACCUGGCACCGCGUCGUGCCCACGGCUCUGCACGGCUGCGUGGACAGAUACACAUUUGCAUACUUUUUACACCCGAACAAAAAUGCGGUGCUGGUGCCCAUUGAGGCGAUGAAAAGGGAUGGGUGGGUACCACGAUUUGCGGGUAUAGGGAGGACGGCGGAAGAGCAUAUCCAUGCGAGGAUCACCGGUGUGCAUGGGCGGAGAGAGGAGGCAGAUAAAGGCGAGGUUGGGAAAGGGGUACAGAGUGUGGUUGUAAAGGAAGUGGUGGUACAGCCGGUUUGCAAGGAAUGGGCCGAUUCUGGUAGAUGCGAGAUUUAGAUACGAAGACGGCGAACUUUGAAACAUCGGAACUCGUGACUCACACAACACGAUCUUACUGGUUGCUCAAACGGUGAAACAUAGUCCUUCGUUACUAACCUGGUGGUGGCAUGGCCAUGAGAUGGAACGAUCGUGGGGGUAGAUGUGAGAGCCAGAGUAGAAGCAAAGCCGACUAUCGAAUUAGCAACAUUACUACGUAGUAACACUCGCAGUGUGUGUUCAGAUGAAACACAAACGAAC